UCCCCCCCCUCUCCCCGGGCUGUCCCCGCUCCGGGGGGAUCUCCCGCUGGGGUGCGGGACCGGGGUGGUGCCGGGGCUGCCUGUCCUCCCGGUCGGCGGUGGGGUGCGGUGGAGGUGACGGGCCUGGCCUCGGAUUUUCCGUGCGGCGGGGCGGUGAGGGGUUCGGCGUUGUGCUUUCGGUUGUGCUUUGGCGCCUUUCAUAGCCGAGCCAGGUCUCUUAGGGGGAAGAAGGGGGCUUUGGGGGCGGCCGGGAACCCCUUUGCGAUGGAGGGAAGGUGGCCCGGGGUGAGGUGACCCUGAACAGGUGACCUCCAGAGAUCCCUUCCACCGCCGCUGUCCCGUGAAGUGUUGCUUUGUAGCCCGGACAGCUGUGGGAACCACGGCCUGCAGCUCUCGCUCUGUCACCUUCUGUCCUACGUUUCUUCCCCCUGCCCUCUCUGUACCACCCAGGAGUCAUUCUUCCACUCCCACCCUAUCUCCUUUCCUUCUUUGGUGUUUACAUUCUUAAGAUACUUGCAGGCUGUUAUCGCGGCCCUUGUAUCCCCUUGGCAGCCCGAACAUGCAGCCAGCUCCCUGCACCAGCCAUCGCCCCUGCUCAGUGCUGGAUCCCCCCGGUGCCUCCUCUUGCAUCCUCACAUCUUCGUUGUUUGGAGCCAGCCCCGGAUCUCCGGAUGGCUCUGCUUUCCUGCCUGCUUCCUCCUCCUGCCCUGGCCUUUUCCUCUGACGGGGGAUUCAGCUCAAACCUCGCUCUGUUCUCUGCCCGUAUCCCAAGUGCUUCUCUCCAGAGUACAAAGCUGAAGUCAGUGGUAGAGAGGAGGGAGAAAAAAGCAGCUUUAAGCACUUUGUGGACUGGUGUCUUGUCCACCAAAAAUACUGUGGACAGUGGCAGAGCUGUGCCUAUGAGGAUGAAGACAGGGAAAAAGGGGCUAGUUAUGUCUUGCACCACCAAGGUUUGGAGGUUUUACUGGCCCCGGUGCUGUGCCCAUGACAGUAAUAGGACAGUGUGCCUGGCCCUCCUGCCCCACGCACGUGUAUGCUGGGAGAGAAGGUCACGCCAAACGUUUCACCUCCUUUCCUUCCCUCCUGCCGCUCCCAGCCUGGAGUCAGUGCUGAAGUCACUGGAUUGGAAAGGAUAACGGCACAAAGGGUGGAGCUGUCGCCACGGGGAAGAAAUUAAUUUUCAAAGAACUUUUGCAGGGUGGUGGGGAUGUCCGGGUCUAGGAGAGUGGACGAGGGGAUGCACGUGGUCCCCAGUCAUUCACCACCUCUGCUCUUCGUGCCUACUUUACAAAGCUGAGUGGUGGGCAGAGUUAUUUGCCGGCUCGGGAGGAGCUGGAGCAGCAGAGCUGGGAGGAGGAGCAGCUCCAGCCUGCUUGGCUGAGGGCGAAGUUGGGAAGAGCAUUUGCCCUGAGUCAGCUCUCCAGCACGGCACUUCUGGAAGGAGCUGAACUGGUUGGGAUGCCGGACAAGUGGCGUGAGCCAGAUCUCCUCAAUUUCAAGAAGGGAUGGAUGUCCAUCCUGGACAAGCCAGGAGAGUGGAAGAAACACUGGUUUGUGCUGACCGACUCAAGCCUGAGAUAUUACCGGGACUCAAACGCCGAGGAGGCUGAUGACCUUGAUGGUGAAAUCGAUCUCCGUUCCUGCACAGAUGUGACAGAAUUUGCGGUGCAGCGCAACUAUGGCUUCCAGAUACACACGAAGGAUGCCAUCUUCACACUGUCAGCCAUGACCUCAGGCAUCCGGCGCAACUGGAUUGAGGCUCUGAGGAAGAAUGUGCGCCCCGUUAGUGCUCCAGAUGUCACCAAGCUAUCUGACUGCAACAAGGAAAACACAAUUCGUAACUGUGUCCCACCGAAGAGCUCACUGCGAGUGGACGAGCAGCAGCAGCCAAGUUCUGAGGGAAGCAUCAAAGGCAGCACUUGGAAAGCGGAUGGGCCACGCCAUGCCUUUGACUACGUAGAACUGUCCCCCUUGCAGCAGGAUCCCCAAAAUCAGGGGUCCCCACCGAGGACAAGAGGGAGCUUGAGGGUGUCAGAGCGAGUAUCCAAGCAUGAGGAUCUAGAGCGGGAUUUAGCAGUGCGUUCAGAGGAGAGGCGCAAGUGGUUUGAGAGUCCCGAUAGCAGGGUCUCCAACAGUGAUGGCCCAGGGGGAAACGUGUCCCGCAAGGUGGAGGAGCCAGACUUGCCUGCUGCCCCACUUUCAGAGGAGCAACGGGUUCGGCUGAACGAGGAGAUAGAGAAGAAGUGGCUGGAGCUGGAGCGCUUGCCCUUGAAGGACUCACGGCGAGUGCCCUUGACAACACUGCUGAACCAGGGCAAGGGGAACCACGGAGAUGCCAAUGAGGCACUGAAAAAGGAGGUCCAGUCGCUGCGGGCGCAGUUGGAGUCCUGCCGGGCCCGAAACGAGAGCCUUCGGGAAGCUGCCAAGUCCCAGGGAGACGGCCAUGUGCCCCGAGGGUACAUCUCUCAGGAGGCCUGUGAGCGCAGCCUGGCUGAGAUGGAGUCAUCACACCAGCAGGUGAUGGAGGAGCUGCAGAGGCACCACCAGCGAGAAAUGGAGCGGCUGCGGCAGGAGAAGGAGCGGCUCCUUGCAGAGGAGGCUGCAGCAACAGCAGCAGCCAUUGAAGCACUGAAGAAGGCCCACCGGGAGGAGAUGAACAAGGAGCUGGGCAGGACACGAAGCUUUCAGCAGUGUGGCUCUGUCACAGACGCCCUCCAGAAGCAGCACCAGUUGGAUGUAGACUCACUGAAGCGGGAGCUGCAGGUGCUGUCAGAGCAGUACUCCCAGAAGUGCCUGGAAAUUGGGCAGCUAACAGAGAAGGCAGAGGAGCGGGAACAGACAUUGCAGCGCUGCCAGCAAGAGGGGAAGCAGCUCCUCCGGAAGAACCAGGAGCUGCAGAUCCGCCUGUCGGAUGAGAUUGGGAAGCUGCGAAGCUUCAUCACCUCGCGGUGCUCUGGGGACCGAUCUCUGCAAAACAAUGAGCGCAGCUCCUGCGAGCUGGAGGUGCUGCUGCGUGUGAAGGAGAAUGAGCUCCAGUACCUGAAGAAGGAGGUACAGUGCCUCCGGGAGGAGCUACAGAUGAUGCAAAAGGACAAGAGAUUUGCCUCAGGGAAAUACCAGGACGUCUAUGCAGAGCUGAAUCAUAUUAAGGUGCGCUCAGAGCGAGAGAUUGAGCAGCUGAAGGAGCAUCUGCGCCUGGCCAUGGCAGCCCUGCAGGAGAAGGAAUCACUGUGCAACAGCAUCAGCAAUUAACGGUCGACAUCAUUUAUCUGUUCAUGUUUUUUAUUUGCUCCGUUCCUCACUUAAGGAGAGAGGGAGGUUGGAUCCCAUCCAUUGUCGCCUUGGCGAGACACCUCUCUCCUCAGCCAGCUCCUCACUCCCUUCCCAAAGCUUUUGAUGAAGCCUUUCCAAAACCUUUUUACCUUCAUAUCUGAGCACGUUAUUUGGAAUGGCUCCUUACAUGCACCUUCUUCAGGAUUUUAUACGUGAAAAUUAUAUUUUAUAGAAGAAUUUUGUUUUCCCUUGAGAAUAAGAGGAAAAGGAGAGGGAAAGCUUCUACAUCACCAGCAUUUUCUAACCAGAGAAAGAGAAUAUACUCCCCACUUCCUCAGCCCCCCCCUGCUCCCAGCCACGUAUCUGCCUUUGGCACUCCUGUUCCCUUUCUUCCACCUGUCUCUGGGGCCCCAUGGGGACAUAUGGGGACACAUACCAACACCACUGCCCCAGCACCCAGUGGAGGAGACACCCAAGCCAUAGGAGGAGGCCGCCUGCCGCAGCUGCACCCACCUGCAACUUUGAAAGAGGAGACCUUGGCACGAGACUGCAUGAUGGAGCUCUCAGUGACUGUCCUUCAGCUCUGCCUUGGCACAGCCUCAGCUCCUGGAGCCUCCCUACUCACCCUCCCUUGGGCUGGGGAGAGCCCAGCAUUUUAGUGGCAGAGGAGCUGCUGUUCUGCCACACCCUUCAACUCUUAACUUAAUAAAAUCUUCCCCUUUUGCUGAGAAAAA